GGCAGACAGAGGCCUAGCACUGCUCACCUCGCCGGUCGCCACGCCGGGCUCGCGCGCCGCGCCUUCCUGCUUCUGGUCAGGGCGGCGGGGAGCGGGCCCCGGGCGGCCCAGCUCCCCUCUGCCGGCCGGCGGGUGGAGGCCGCGGCGGCUGCGCGGUGCGUCGUUUCCUGCCGGGCGACCUGAGCUGGCCGCUGUGUCGUGGCCCGAGCGCUGCCGAGCUGCCCGCACCGUGUCUGCGCGGCGGCGCGUGCGAGGAACCCGCGCGGCUCUCGGUGAGUUUUCUGGGACAAUGCUAAAAGGAAUGACAAGACUUCUCUCCAGGGUCCAUAAGUUGGACCCUGGACGUUUUUUGCAUACUGGAACCCAGGCACCACAAAGCUUUGCUGCACCCCUGGAUAACCAGGUUCCAGUUGAGAGUCCCAGGGCUGUCUCCCGAACCAGUGAGGAUGAUCCGGCCAAGCAUGGGGAGCAGCACGAAGGUCAGCAUUACCACAUACCCCACCAGGAUUUGAAGACUGUGUUCCCCCAUGGCCUUCCUACUCGCUUUGAAAAGCAGGUGAAGACGUUCAGAGAAGCAUACCUGAUGGUCAGGAAUCCAGCCCUAGAGCUUCUGCAUUACCUGAGAAACACCAACUUUGCCCACCCAGCUGUACGAUAUGUUCUCUAUGGGGAGAAGGGGACAGGAAAAACCCUCAGUCUUUGCCAUAGUAUUCAUUUCUGUGCAAAACAAGACUGGAUGAUCGUGCACAUCCCGGAUGCACAUCUUUGGGUGAAAAACUGUCGGGAUCUUCUGCAGUCAACCCACAACAAACAGCGCUUUGAUCAACCUUUACAAGCUUCUACCUGGCUGAAGAAUUUCAAAACUACAAAUGAGCGCUUCUUGAGUCAGAUAAAAGUUCAAGAGAAAUAUGUCUGGAAUAAGCGAGAAAGCACUGAGAAAGGCAGUCCUCUGGGAGAAGUAGUCGAACAGGGAAUAACACGAGUAAAAAAUGCCACAGAUGCAGUUGGAAUUGUCCUGAAAGAACUAAAGAGGCAGAGUUCUUUGGGUGUUUUCCCUCUCCUUGUGGCAGUGGAUGGAGUCAAUGCUCUCUGGGGAAGGACCACACUGAAAAAAGAAGAUAAAAGUCCGAUUGCCCCAGAGGAACUAGCACUUAUCUACAAUCUGAGGAAGAUGGUGAAGAAUGACUGGCAUGGAGGUGCCAUUGUGUUGACUUUAAGCCAGACUGGAUCACUCUUUAAGCCUCGGAGUGCCUAUCAGCCCCAGGAAUUGCUGGGAAAGGAAGGAUUUGAUGCCCUGGAUCCCUUUAUCCCCAUCCUGGUUUCCAACUAUAACCCAAAGGAAUUUGAAAGUUGUAUUCAAUACUAUCUGGAGAACAAUUGGCUUCAACAUGAGAAAGCUCACACUGAGGAAGGGAAGAAGGAGCUGCUGUUCCUGAGCAGUGGGAAUCCUGGGGUGCUGGAGCGACUCUGUGCCUCCCUCUAAGCUGCCAUGACAGCACCACGUGGGACCGUCACUAAGGAAAGUCCCACAGUCCACAGAAGAACAGCCAGGCCCCUGAGCUCCUGGGAUUGGACAGGACUGCAGUCAACUCAGAGCUUUGAUUGAAAGAAGUUCCUUGUGGAAUGACUGUACUGGCAAGAAGAUGUCUUCCUUUUCCAGAAAACAGUGUCACUUUACUAGAUGCGGUUUUCACUUUAAAAUAAUCAUGAAUCGUUUAAAGAUUAAAUUGCAUACCUUUCUUGAA